GUCAAAUCGAUCAGCUGUGUUUUUCUAACCUAAAAUAGUAAAUACAAACCAACCAAACUGUGGUUUUGUGUUAAAAUUGGUGUAAAAUGAGAUUUCUAUCUCAAAUAUUUCAGCCGGUCAUCACAAUACCCAAGGGCGCAAAGAUAAAAAACACGGAAAUAACAUGUAAAAGCCAGAAAUUGCUCCUAGAAUGUGGUCUAGUGCGACCGACCAGCUCUGGACUCUUCACAAUCCUGCCUCUAGCCCGACGAGCCAUCACCAAACUUGAGAAUAUAAUACACAGCUGUUUGGAGGAGGUCGGGGCUCAAAGGUUGUCCCUGCCAUGUUUGACAUCAGCUAAGCUGUGGGAACAGAGCGGUAGAAUGGAGGACAUCGGACCAGAACUCAUCAAGGUUGAAGACAGGCAUGGGAAGAAGUAUUUGCUGGCACCAACUCAUGAGGAAGCAAUAGCUGAUCUAUUUGCAGAUGUAGGUCCGUUGUCAUACAAACAGUUGCCCUUCAUACUUUAUCAGAUAGGCAACAAAUACCGAGAUGAGCAUAGACCAAAACAUGGGCUCCUGCGUUCUAGGGAGUUUAGCAUGUUAGACACAUACAGUAUACAUUCCUCCAAUGACUGCGCGACCAACACUUAUAGUAUAAUGACCGAAGCUUAUAAGAAGAUAUUCAGGAGUUUGGACUUACCUGUGCACAGAGUACAAGCGCCAACGGGUGAAAUGGGAGGUAGUUUGUCCCACGAGUGGCAACUGCCCGCAGAGGCUGGUGAAGACACUCUCGCUGUAUGUGCGUCUUGCUCGCACACUGCACUCGCCAACCAAAGUAACACUUGUGAGAAAUGCGGGAAAGGGACAGAUGCAGUCAACAGCAUUGAGGUUGGUCACACUUUCGUUUUAGGCACGAGGUACAGUGAACCUUUGCAAGCUAACUUCAUAGCUCAAAACUCUUCCAAUAUGCCUUUGCACAUGGGCUGUUAUGGCAUUGGGAUUACCAGGUUAAUAUCCGCCAGUAUAGAAUCCCUAUCAAGUGACAAGUCUAUACGAUGGCCGAAAGCUAUCGCUCCCUACUCCGCAAUCGUUAUCGGACCUAAGGAAGGCUCAAAAGAGUGGCUCGGACAUGGCUUCGACAAAGUAGAGUCAAUAGCGCGACAGAUAGAACAAAAUGGCUGCCACGCUGACGUCAUCGUCGACGACAGACACGCUCUCACUAUCGGCAAGCGACUCAUGAUGGCCGACAGAAUGGGCUACCCCUACAUCAUAGUGUGCGGGCGCUCCGCGCUGGAGACUCCGCCGCGCUACGAGCUGUACCGGAGCGCCGAGGGCGGAGCACCCCAGAUACUAGACAUCCAUGAACUAUUGGCCACUUUACACAAGCAGAAUAAAAAUAAAAUUGACGUAGAAUAUAGCGAAAAGUGUGUUGCCAAAUAAAUAUUAUU